AUGCCGCGUCUAGGUUUGCCACGCCAGGUGCGCAAAUACCUGAGCCUAAACCUGCUGCUCGUAUGCGCUCCUCUGGGCUUCGUCGCCUCGGCGUAUUCGUGGAAUCCCAUUGCCGACUUUCUCUUCAACUUUCUCGCCAUCAUCCCGCUAUCAGGGCUGAUUUCGGAUGCGUCAGACACGCUCAGCGAACGCUGGGGCGGUUUAGUCGGCGGACUGGUGAAUGCGUCGCUAGGAAAUACAGUUGAGCUCAUUGUCGGACUUCUCGCCAUUACGCAAGAUAACGUGAGCGCAGCGCAGUCUGUCAUGAUGGGCAGCAUCCUCAACGACAUUCUGCUGGUGCAGGGGAUAUGCAUCAUUGUCGGCGCCCGCUCCAAAGGCGUCAUCGUCGUCAACUCGGCCCUCGUCGACUCGCUGUCCUCGCUCAUGCUCGUGGCCGCCAUGGCCAUGGUCCUUCCCACCGCGCUGUACGCCGCCAUCCCCCGCGCGCACAGAAAGGGCGCGGGCAUGAAGGAGCGCAUCGUGUCCUUUAGCCGCGCGACCAGCAUCGUCCUGCUGCUCAUAUACCUGGCGUACCUCUAUUUUCAGCACAAGACGCACCGUUCUCUAUUCGAAGAUGGACAAGACGGCGGCGGCGGUGGCGGCGGCGGUGAUGACGAGGCGGCGAGCGACCAUAGCGAUGACCUCCUCAUCCCCGCUUCGCAACCGGGGUCUCAGGGUGACGAGGCCACGCGGGAUUGCGAGAGUGGCGCAGACUUGGACAGCACCCCUUCCAUGCAAGACAUUUCCAUCGUCGUCGUCACUUUGGUCUUGAGCUCCCUCGCCAUUGGCAAGUGCGCAUACAACAUCAUGCAGCGGCUUGAUGAGACUGUCCAGGCAUUCGGCGUGAGCCAGACAUUCAUCUCCCUGGUCAUUAUUCCGCUCGCGAGCAAUGCCCCGGAGAUGACGCAGGUGUUGGCGGCUGCAAAGAAGCAAAAGAUUGACUUUGCCAUUGCCGUCAUUGUCGGCAGUAUUCUGCAGAUUGCGCUUUUCGUGUUGCCUGCCCUAGUCAUCAUUGGCUGGUUCAUCGGCAGCAACAUGGAUCUCUACUUUGAAAUGUCGCAGACCUGUGUCUUGCUCUUUGCCAUUGUACUGGUGAAUCAGGUUCUACAGGAUCGACAAUACACAUAUCUCCACGGCAUGAUGUUUCUUUGCGUGUAA